GUCAUACUAUUUCACUUUAUUCAAGUCUCACUGAAAUAGCUCCAAUUAUUUAUCGGCUCCAAAAAAACUAAACAAAAAAAAAAUGGAAAUGUCUUUUUUUUAAAAAAAAAAAAAAAAGGUCGUAAGAGCACAGUAGACCCGGGGGUCAUGCAGUAGGCACCUGAUUUCCUGGCGGCUUCAAAUAUAAAUCCCUGACUGACCCAGAGUCCAGUUUGUUUCUAGUCCGGAGCUUACAAGUUAGAAGUGGAAGAGGUAGCAGCAGAAUAGCAAAGCAAUGGAACUCAUGUGCCCGAUCGAUCAACACUGCUCUCAUCAAAUCGCCGCUCUUCUCCAGCCUCCCUCUCCUCUCCUUGUCCAGGAGUAUUUCGAGCAGCUUAUUUCGAAACGGCAAUUGCACGGCAUCAAAGUGAAACAAAACGGUGAAUUUGGAAAAGGUGUGUUUGCCGAAACGAACUUUGAAGAGGAACAACUUAUUUUGAAGGACCAAAUGCUUGUUGGGAUCCAGCAUCCUUCAAACAAGAUUGACUGUUUAGUUUGCAGUUAUUGUUUCAAAUUUAUCGGUUCAAUAGAGCAACAAAUCGGACGAAAACUGUACCUGAAGACACUAGGAGUAGGAAUUUCUCCACAUAAUGGAAAGGGAUGUCAUGACAAUUCAUCUGAUAAAGACCAAGACAAUCAUUUUGUUCAAAAUCACCAUAAUUCGGAUGAUGGAGCUUCUAGUAGUUCCAAUAGUACUAUUCCUUUGCCUACAAUGGCUGUGGAAUCGUUAAUGAAUGGCGAAUUGGCAUUGCCUUACUCCAACAAGUUUCCCUUGCCUUCUGUCGUUUCAUGCCCUGGGGGAUGUGAAGAAGCUUUCUAUUGUAGCAAAUCAUGCGCUGAGGCUGAUUGGGAGUCGUUUCAUUGCUUACUUUGUACUGGAGAGAAAUCCGAGUUUCAUUCUAGAGAGACACUUUUAAAAUUCAUACAACAUGCUAAUGAAACAAAUGACAUUUUCCUCCUUGCUGCCAAGGCAAUUUCUUUCACCAUUUUAAGGUAUCGGAAGUUGAAAGCAUGUCAUCUGAGAGAACAGGAGAAGACUGCAACGAGUAUGUUAGGAACUUCUGAUCUAUCCUUACUUUUGGAGGCAUGGAAGCCAAUAUCAAUUGGACAUAAGAGAAGGUGGUGGGACUGUAUUGCAUUGCCAGAUGACAUUGAUACAUCUGAUGAAGCCACAUUUAGGAGGCAAAUAAGGGAGCUCGCAUUCACAUCACUUCAGCUCCUCAAGGAAGCCAUUUUUGACAAGGAAUGUGAGCCAUUAUUCUCCCUUGAAAUCUAUGGGCAUAUAAUUGGCAUGUUCGAGCUCAAUAAUCUUGAUCUUGUUGUAGCAUCUUCAGUGGAAGAUUACUUUUUGUAUGUCGAUGAUCUUCCAUAUCCUGAAAAGAAAGAGGCUGAGAAAAUUACACAACCAUAUCUAGAUGCCCUUGGUGAUGACUAUUCCAUUUGUUGCCAAGGUACUGCAUUCUUUCCUUUGCAGAGUUGCAUGAACCAUUCUUGUUGUCCUAAUGCAAAAGCAUUCAAAAGAGACGAGGAUAGAGAUGGCCAAGCGACAAUUAUUGCCCUCAGGCCUAUUUGCAAGGGAGAAGAGGUGACCAUUUCAUACAUAGACGAGGACCUUUCAUUCGAAGAGAGGCAAGCAUUACUUGCGGAUUAUGGUUUUAGAUGCAGGUGCGCCAGGUGUUUGGAUGAAGAACCCUAGACCUUAGUCAACAUGUUGCCAAAAUGCCAAUGAAGUGGCUGUAUUAUAGCCAUUACAAAACAAAAACUGUAAACGUGGGUGUGAGAAAUAUUAAAUGUUAGUAAAAGAAGCCAUGGAGGGAGCUGUUUCCCUUUGGAUUGAUACGUCAUCAGAAUGCAGAUUCAUUUGCCUGCUCCGAGGUCAACUAGAGCUGUAUUUUCAAUUCAGUUUUCACCUUUUCCUUCAAUUUAUUUAAUUUAAGCAGAAAGAAUUGACGGGACUAGGUCCUAUCUUGAUUUUCUUCUUCCAUCCAUUUAUUCUUCUGUGUAAUAUAUUACUUUUAACGUGGAGUAAACGGUUUUUGGCCUUGGAUGUAUAUCAUGCU